AUGGCGGCCGUGGCGGUAGAGCUUCGUGUUCGGUUGUGGAGCCGUGGUUGCGCUUGGAGGAGGCGCUGUGAAGCUGUGGCGGCGCUUGGAGGUGGUCGUGGCUGUGCUUGGAGAUAUGUUCUCUUGCUCGAUGCUCAGCUCGAGCUCUGGCACAACACGUUCGGCUUUGUCAAGUCCAUGGCGCUCAAGUCCGCCCUGGACCUUGGCAUCGCCGACGCCGUUCACCACCACGGCGGCGCGGCCACCCUCUCGCAGAUAGUCGCCAAGGCCACGCUCCACCCGUCCAAGAUCUCCUCCCUGCGCCGUCUCAUGCGCGUGCUCACCGUCUCCGGCGUUUUCGGGACAGAGCACUCUGCUGACGGAGAGGCCGUCUACGCGCUCACUCCGGCGUCCCGUCUCCUCGUCGGCUCGGCGAACAUGGUCCCUAUCAUAAACAUGCUGCUCAACCCCAUCCUCGUCUCCCCGUUCACCGACCUUGGGACGUGGUUCCAGCACGAGCUGCCGGACCCGGACCUGUUCAAGCUGAAGCACGGCAUGACCUUCUGGGAGCUGGCUGACCACGACCCGUCCUACAACACGCUCGUCAACGACGGCAUGGUCUCCGACAGCCGCUUCCUCAUGGAUAUCGCCAUCAGGGAGUGCGGCGGCGUCUUCCAGGGGAUAGGCUCUCUGGUGGACGUCGCCGGCGGGCACGGUGGAGCGGCCCAGGCCAUCGCCAGGGCAUUCCCGGACGUCAAGUGCAGCGUGCUCGACCUUGAGCACGUCGUCGCCAAGGCUCCCAGUGGUACUGACGUGGAGUACAUCGCCGGCGACAUGUUUGAGAGCGUUCCACCCGCAGACGUUGUCUUUCUCAAGUGGGUUAUGCAUGACUGGAGUGACGGAGACUGCAUCAAGAUACUAAAGAAUUGCAAGAAAGCUAUCGCCCCAAAAGAUGCCGGAGGGAAGGUGAUAAUCGUAGACAUCGUGGUUGGAGCAGGGCCGCAAGACCUGAAGCACAAAGAGACACAAGUCAUGUUCGAUCUUUUCAUCAUGUUCAUCAAUGGCGUCGAGCGGGAUGAACAGGAGUGGAAGAAGAUUAUCUUCGAGGCAGGAUUCACCAACUACAAAAUCACACCGGUUCUAGGUGUGCGGUCAAUCAUCGAGGUUUACCCAUGAACAUUUGAUCCUUGAUUGGUGCAAGUAUGUGGAUUUCACUUUUAUAGUCCAAUAAGACUCGAUCUAGUCGUAAAAUUCAAGCAU